AUGCCUCCAACAAUCAUUCUGAUUAGGCAUGCACAAGCACUCCACAAUGUGUCUCAUAAGGCACGCAACUAUGAGCUACAUGACCCGGCGUUGACCGAUCUUGGCUUCGAGACACAGUGUGACGAACUGGCUAGCCAUCUCGAGAAUGAAGUUCCACUGGCUCGGGAAAUUGGUCUCAUUGUGGUGAGCCCCAUGAGACGGACUUUGCAAACAGCGCAGCAAGGCCUGGGCUGGUUGAUGAAGGGCGGUGUUCCCGUUAUACUUCGACCUGAAUGGCAGGAGAACUCAGACAAGCCAUGUGAUACAGGAACGCCCGUCGAGGUUAUGGAGAAGGAGUGGCCACAAUUUGACUGGUCGGCUGUUGACCCACUGUUUCCAGCAAAAUCUGGUCUGUACGAGUUUUCUAAAGAUGCUCUGACAGGUCGAGGACUUGCGGCUAGGAAAUGGUUACAGCAACGUCCAGAGAAGGUUAUUGCUGUAGUUUCUCAUUCGGCUUUUCUUCGGACUUGCGUCAGCUACAGGCAAUAUGCGAAUGCGGACUACCGGAUUUUCGAUUUUGCUGGUGGCGAUAGACAAGAAAACGCUGAGCUUUUGGAGAGGGAAGUCACCGAAUCCAAGGGCGGAGGGUUAGGGAAAAGCCCAAAGGGAGUCUUUGGAAUGACCGUUGAUGAUUAUCCCAGUGAGAUUGAAAAGGACAUUGGAGAAGCAACAACUGAGCUUCCAAAGUAG